GAACGUCGUAAUGUCAAAAGUGAGUGAAUGUAUACAUGGAACAGGCAGCGCCGAUCGACAAACAGUAAACAAUGUAUGGAUAUAUCAUCAUUUUUGGCAUGAAGUUGGUUUUUGCCACUCACAAUAUUCGCUUUGACAGCGUUAAUGGCUUUGAGGAAUAUUUAUUUAUUUAUUUUUUAGUUGACAUAGCAAAAUAAACGUUUCAUAAAUUUGUGGCUCUUGUACAGUCGACACUGAAAAAUGGUUCUCGGCUGAAAAAUAAAAUCGAAAUUCGAUAAAAUUUCGUCUAAGGUCUACACAUGAAUAUUGGCCAAACCAUUUCCGUGAAAGCAUCGACUAAUUAGUGCGACCUUUUUACCGCGAAUUUCAUAACAAUGUUUCGAUCAACGUUAACCACAACUCGACCAAAGGAAAAAUUAAUUUUGAACAAAGACACCGAUAAUUAUGUGAGUGAUGAAAUCGUUCAGUAUUUGUUGACGCAUCAAAUAAAUGGUGUUCGUUUUUUGUAUCGCAAUUACAAAAAGCACAAAUCAAGUAUUUUAAACGAUGAAGGCGGUUCGGGGAAAUGUUUUCAAUGUGUUGCUUUCUUCGAUGCAAUUUUCAGGGCGUCGACGUCCAGUCGAGUUUUAGUUAUUUGUCAACGUAAACAGAAUUUGGAACAUUGGCAGUAUCAUAUAGAGUGUUUUUUGAGAAAUCUUAGCGCCACAAUAGCCGAUAAUAAACGUGAUACACAACAAGAUCAUGCCGAUGAGGAUACUAUUAAAAUUGCCUCACUGGAUUAUGUGUUGACACACUUUGCAGCAUUUGCAACGUUGGAGUACGACUGUGUUAUUUUGCAAGAUCAACACACACAGAUAUCGGUGGAUGUGUUUGAACGGCUGAAACAAAUCAAAGCUACAUGCAAAAUUAUGCUUUGCAGUAAUGAUUUAAUGGAAAAUCUAACGUACUUCUACGAAGUACUGAAGUUCUGUGAUCAAACAGGGCCAUUGACACAGAAAAAUGGCUCAAGUCAAACGUUGACUCUCGACGAAUUCAAACAGAAGUUUGGAUGCAGUGAUAAGAGUGUUCCAAAACGGAAUAUAAUAUUUAAACAAAAGAAUCUGUUAUUUGCAUGCAACGAUUUCUAUAUGAGGCGACUUUGCAACCAGUUUGGCUCACAAUUUCCCCCAAUUAAGCCGGAGGAUUUUCAAAUCGACUUUGAUGCAUGGAAGGAUGCUUCGGGUGACACUGCACCAUUGAAUUCAAAUGCGAUAGAGAACGAUUCAUCGCCCGUUGAAGUAUUUACCAAUCCAAAUAAUCAAACGGUUUCUACUGUGGCAGAUGUAUCGUUGCUGAACACUGCUCUCACUGAAUUUAGUGAUUUUGAUACUCAAAUGUCGCCGCUCAUAUACUCCGACUCAGAACAUGGUGACGAUGAUCAGGAUUUGCAACAUGCUAGCCAGCGUACAAUGACUCCAGAUAUUGCCUGCAAUCAGGAGCAUGCGGCCAAAACACGCGCAUUAACCAGAGCAUCUACUCAAAAUAGUAGCAGAUCCCAUACAACGCCUACCGAACGAAAUUUUCGAAUAAAUUUCGAACGAAUAUCACCGGGCAGCAAGCGACUCAACUAUAAACAGCUUCCAAUCAAAAUCAAUUCAACAAACCCUAGAGCCAAAACGUAUUUAUUCCGCUCAAAAAAACAACCUCAAGCUAAUUCAACGGUGCUGACUGACACUGAAAGUGUGUCUCAGUUCAUGCCGAGACGUAAUACUCGCAGCACAUCCAGCACAUCUGAUGUGCAAAUUAUCACACAGAAAACACUAUCGCCAAUUGUUAUAUCGACGUCAGAAGAUGAUCGUUCGAAAGCGCCUGUGGAUGGACAAAACAUUGAAUUAAACACAGAUACCAGUUGUCCAUCACCGGAUCUAUUCAGUAGUUUUACUAGCGCCAGAUCGGAUGCUCUGAGUCAACAAGUGCUGAAUAGUCAGGAGAAUCAAGUUGAGCAGAGAAAUGAAGAACAGAACGAUACAUUUCGUGAGGUUUUUGGUGAGCCUGACGAAUGCGAUGACAUUGAUCUCUUGUCAAAUACCAAUGUGGAUAUUUUUGAAAUUACAAAAAAUAGCGUGUUCGAUAACGUUCUCUGUAGUGCGGAUGAUAAAAUAACACCGUUGAAACGGUGUCAAAGUCUUCGAUCGACACAGAAAAAAUCAAGUCCAAGUAUGAAUUGUUUGAGUGGAUUACGGGUCGUUUUGCCUCGCCUAAACAAUCAUCAAGUGGAACAAAUUCAAAAUGGACUGAUGUCACAGACACAGCCAUCGCAACAAUCACAAUCGUCGCCACAAAUCCUUUCGACUUCGGAUGAUGUUAUCGAUUUAACAGCACACGAAACACAGAAAAUUAUUGAAAUCAAUUCGGACGAUAGUGUGAGAAAUCGUGAGAAAACGCCCGAAUGCAAACAAGAACUGACACCAUCGACACGUUCGUGCUUAAAACGGCAUGCAGAUGGUAGAGCUACUACUGACGAGCGACGCAAAAAAUCCCCAUAUUCACGGCUUGGUUGGCUCACAUCGUCGCGAACCUCACCACGAAGCGGUGAUACGACACCACAGUCACGCCGGCGACUGGACAAAUGGCGCCAACUAACUGACGAAAGCAAUUUGAAAGCGGAUGAUAUUGCAAAAGUUUCAAAACCACGAAAUUUGUUCAAAGAAUUUAAAUCAAAAUCAAAACCAAGCCAAAAAUCACGACAUGACAUACCAUCGACUAGCACCGCUCAGAGCCCGAUCAUCUUUUCGGAUCAGGAAUGAAAAAAAUGUGUAUUUGUUUGCAUUGAAAUUACCUUCAGCAUCCUUCCGCAACCUAUAGACUUGACUGUUUCGUUAAUUUCCUUUCCCAUUGUAAUGCAAACCAAUAAUUUAAAACCAAGUAUUUUUGUAAAUGGAAAUAUAUUUAUGACUUUUUUUUAUAUUGAA